AUGUCACAAGUACGGAAGCAAGUCUUGACCCGUUCAUCUCUGGCAUGCUUGUCCUGCCGCUCUCGCCAUCAGAAAUGCGACGCCAAGAAACCGAAAUGUACUCGCUGCGGCGAGGCGGAUCGUCAGUGUCAAUACACAAAAUCUCGUCGAGGCGCCAAUAGCGCACGGCAAGACAACCCGCGGCGUCAUCAAAUACCAGACACUCCAAAUCAGCUCGAUGACUACAUGUCGGCGCUCAUCACACCGCCAGAGAUGGAAGGGCCCGCGACGGUCAGCGUCCUGCCCUGCAGCUCUCCAGCACAAGGCCUGACAAGCAAAGAUCUGCCUUUGACGGACCGCAGAGGGGUUUCUUCGAGAAGAGGCUCUGCCAAUCUCGAUUGUGAAGCAAUCGGAAAAGAUGCGCUUCUCGAGGCAUACUAUCAAAAUUUUCACAAAUUCCAUCCCAUGGUGUUGCCUCGCCUCCAUCUCGCCACCUUUCUAGACAACCUCAGCUGGAGGCCCAGGCUGGAACCGCUUCUUGCCGUUCUUAGACUACUGGGCACAAUCUACCUGCGCCAUGAAUGGUCUACUUCUCUGCAAAAUGAUGUCGAGAGUAAGAUGGAGUGCUUGGCAAAGGCAGAUCCCAUUCGUGUUCAAUGCCAUUUACUAUACUCGGCAGCACUUUUCUGGCAGGAUCAGAAGUCAAAAUCUCAAAGCGAAAUGGGCAAGGCGGUAGAGAUUGCGUUACAACUCAAAAUGUUUGAGAGGGACUUCGCAUCGACGCACAGCGAUCAAAAUCCGAUUCUAGCAGAGUGCUGGAGACGAACGUGGUGGAUGGUCUAUGUGUUUGAUGCAUUUUAUGCAGGCACGCUGGGGAGCAUGGGCUUUUCAGUUGUGCAUGUAGACGCGACCGCUGAUUUGCCCUGCGAUGAAGCUCAAUAUGAAUCAGGAGAUAUCCCGGAACCGAAUACACUCCGCGAAUGGGACUGCAGAGAGUUUGACCAAGAGGAUAAGCCAUUUUCUUCCUUUGCCUGUCUUGUGGGCGCCAUCCGAUUCUAUGCUGGACAGCUGGAUUCUUCUUUUACCAAAAUCAAAGAAGCAAGCAGCGUCAUGAUUGGAUUCCAUCGGCCGCUCUCAGAUCUCAAGUUCAACGCCGUCGAAGACAUUUCAAGCUGCGCCCGCGAUCCCGCCCCCGACGGCCCAACCCCAGAGCACAUCAACGUGCACACCGUACGAGUCCUGCGCGCAGUCGAAUCGCAAAUUCGCCUCCUUGCCCUGCCGUCCCGCCCAUUCAACCACACGCCGUUUUGCACAUGCAUGAUUAGCGAGGGGACGCUCGCUCUCCUCUCCGCCUGCAAGUUCUUGCUGCGGGGCAACGAGCUCGCCAUUGCAAGGGACCAGAUACGUCUCACCAUUGGAUGCUUGAAGAACCUGGGCGCUUUGUGGCCGAGAGUAGCACGCAACGUGUCGCAGAUCCAGACGAUUGCGAAACACGUUUUGGGUAUUGAAACGCACAACAGCGCCGCCGACAAGGGUGCGUCUGCGUCUGGCUCUGCGCACUCUGCAACUUCUACUGCGGAGGAAAAUGAAAGCUCUUGCGAAAUGGCCAGUUUGUCGAAUAGUGAUAUCUUUUCAACGAUUCAAGAUUUUGACGAUAUUUGCGGGUGGUAUGACAUUGGCGAGCUGGACCCGGCUUUGCCGUUUUGGUCAGCUAAUCAGGAGGCUUCCGUUGAGAAACAAUGA